AUGCAGUUACAGAGCAUCCUGAGCCUUGGUCUUGUGACUACAGCCCGCCUCGUUCUCGCAGGACCAUGUGACAUCUACAAAUCCGGCAACACACCCUGCAUCGCCGCCCACAGCACCACCAGAGCUCUUUUCGACGCCUAUAAUGGCGGCCUCUACCAAAUCAAGCGAGCAUCAGAUGGCUCAACCACCGACAUCCGUCCUCUCUCGGCAGGAGGCGUAGCCAACGCUGCUACCCAAGACUCCUUCUGUAGUGGCACAACAUGUCUCAUCACCAUCAUCUACGACCAAGCCGGUCGUGAUAACCAUCUUACUCAAGCCCCUCCCGGUGGUUUUAAAGGUCCUGAAGCGAAUGGCUAUGAUAAUUUGGCUGCUGCUGAUGGUGCACCUGUUACGCUGAAUGGGAAAAAAGCGUAUGGUGUUUUUAUAUCGCCUGGUACUGGGUAUCGUAACAACCAUGUUAGUGGGUCUGCUACGGGUGAUCAGCCUGAGGGUAUGUACGCUGUUCUCGAUGGAACCCACUACAAUGGGGGAUGCUGCUUCGAUUACGGCAAUGCCGAGACGAACAGCAAGGAUACAGGGAAUGGACACAUGGAAGCUAUUUACUUUGGCGACAACACUGUCUGGGGAUCUGGAGCUGGUAAAGGACCUUGGCUCAUGGCUGAUCUCGAGAAUGGUCUUUUCUCUGGCAAAAGUCCUAAGAACAACGCUGCAGACCCUACUAUCACGCACAGGUUCCUCAGCGCUAUUGUCAAGGGCAAGCCUGGUACUUGGGCCCUCCGUGGAGGAAACGCUGCUUCUGGUUCGUUGUCGACGUUCUACAACGGCGCGUAUCCAGAUGGAGGAUACAAUCCUAUGAAGAAAGAAGGUGCUAUCAUUCUGGGUAUCGGUGGUGACAACAGUGUUGGUGCACAAGGUACCUUUUACGAAGGUGUUAUGACCUCUGGUUAUCCUUCCGAUGCUACUGAGAAUGCUGUCCAAGCAAACAUCGUGGCUGCGAAAUAUGCUACCACAUCUUUGACAAGCGGAAAUGUCCUCUCAGUAGGAUCGUCCGUUUCUCUCAAAGUCACAACAGCAGGCUACACAGACCGCUAUCUCGCCCACACAAACUCCGACGUCAACACCCAAAUCCCCAACACAUCAGCCCUCAGGAAACAAGCCAGCUGGACCGUCCGCACAGGCUUAGCCAACAGCGGCUGUGUAUCCUUUGAGUCCGUCGACACACCCGGCAGUUUCAUCAGACAUUACAACUUCAUCCUUGUGGUUAACAAGAAUGAUGGGACUAAGGCUUUCAAUGAGGAUGCUACGUUUUGUCCGCAGAAGGGAAUGAGUGGCAAGGGAAGUUCUAUUCGAUCUUGGAAUUAUCCUACCAGGUAUUUUAGACAUUACGACAAUGGGGGGUAUGCUGCUACGAAUGGCGGUGUUCAUACUUUUGAUGCUGAGAGGAACUUUGGGGAUGAUGUUAGUUUUGAGGUUGUUAAGAGUUUGGCUUAG